AUGGUGAGUGAGAACGCGAAUAAAGAUGCGAAUGAUGGAGAAGGCGAACGCGAAAAGGACACCCAAGAGUGCAUUAUGGAUGUGUGCCUAUUGAUAUGCCUGAUUAGCGCUCAGAUUUUGGGUUUCUGGCGCGAUUUAAGAGAUGGAUGGGAGCAUAGCAUUCGACUCAAGUCACAGAACGCGAUAAUUGUCACCGCUAGCGAUGUAGUGGGUGUACUGAGUCUCACAACCGUCUCCAUUAUUGGUUCAAUUCUAUGUUGGAAAUAUGUGCAAACUAUCAUCGAUAAAUUGGUUGAUUGUGACGAGAAGCUGGGAAUUGUUUCAUCGAAGAAGAUACGCCGAUAUACAAUCCUUUUGACGUUAUGCAGUCUCCUCUAUUCCAUUGUCCUGUCGUGCCUCGAUAUCUACACAUGGAAUUAUGAGGUGAAGCUGAACAAGAAGCUGAACGACAAAGGUCCAAUCAAUUACGUCCCCCUAUAUUUCAUGUACAUAGUUAUUAUCAUGAUGGAAGUUCAGUACGCUGUUGCUACGUACAACGUAUGCCAAAGAUUCUGCAAGCUCAACAAGAAUGUUGAGAAUAUCCUUAAGAGUGGCAGGAUCACCGAUCAGUUCAGAAAGGACCUUGGAUUAGGUGCGCAUUACUCAUUGUUAUAA